AUGUCUGUCAAUAUUAAGCGCCUUACUAUUGGAAUGAUCGAUGCGCGAUCCCUUUCAACUACUGCACUUCAAUUUGAGCUCGGAAUCGCUAUGGAAAAGACCAGAUGCGAUACACUUGGAGUAACAGAGCUAAGAAUGAAAAGCAACGGCAGCUACAUCCUGCUACCAGGUAAAGUCUUACUUCAUUCUGCUAGUGGCACUGCGCAUUGUGGUGCAAGCUUUGUUGUGGAACAGUCCUUGGCCUACAUGGUCUACUCCGACGGGCUGGCCGAAAACGACGGGCUGGCCACUCUCCCUCAACCGCUCUUCAUUGAAAAUCUUUCUUAUACUCUGUCACAUGCCGCCCUGUUCAUGGACGACGACAACUACGUGAACCGGAAGAGAAGAAGGCACCCACUCAUUGGCUCGACGAUUUGA